AUGGCUGAGCCUUCUGUGAUUUCUGAGGCAGGCCUGGCAAUUGAGGAAGCUCAGACGAUGACAGAAGCUGAGACCACCGAAGCCGAGAUGACCGAAGCCGAGACCACCGAAGCCGAGAUGACCGAAGCCGAGACCACAGAAGCCGAGGCGACUGAAGACGAGACGACAGGAGCCCACAUGACCGAAGCUGAGACGACCAAAGCUGAGACUAACGAACCCGAGGCGAUGGAAGACGAGACCACCGAAGCCCAGACCAACAAAGCUGAGACAACUGAAGCCCCGAUGACUGAAGCCGAGACCACCGAAGCUGAGGCGACAGAAGCCGAGACCACCGAAGAUGAGAUGACAGAAGCCCAGAUGACCGAAGCUGAGACUAACGAACCCGAGGCGACUGAAGCUGAGACGACUGAAGCCGAGACCACUGAAGCCGAGUCCACCGAAGACGAGACCACCAAAGCUGAGGCGAAGAACCCGAAGCAGAAGACACCCAAGCAGCGACGCUGCCGCCGCCGCCGCCGCGCUGAUGGCUUCGCCAGCUUCGCCACCUAUUUCCCCAGGGUGCUGAAUCGGGUCCACACGGGCCUGAGCCUGUCGCAGGAGGCCGUGAAUGUCCUUGAUUCGUUCGUUAAGGACAUGUUCGAGCGCAUCGCCGAGGAAGCCGCCCGCCUGGCCCACUCCAACAAGCGCUCCACCAUCACGUCCAGGGAGAUCCAGACCUCGGUGCGCCUGCUGCUGCCCGGGGAGCUCGGCAGGCACGCCGUGUCCAUGGCCACCAAGGCCGUCAUCAGAUACACCACCUGCAAAUGA